ACAAAACAAAAGAGCCUCUUGUCUCGAACGAACCAGCCAUUCUUAAGAUUUUCCGACAAUUCUUCACCCGAGAAAAAUAUGGAGUUUGAGGGAGCGAGAGAGACGAACAUGGAGGAAGAAGAAGAAGCCGUGGUGGAGGAGAGAAUAUACGUUGCACUAGGGAGAGAAACAGCGAAGAACAAGUCAAAUCUCGCCUGGGCAAUAGAUAACUCCGAAGGGAACAAGAUCUGUAUCGUUCUUGUGCAUCAACCUGCUCAGAUGAUCCCUGUCUUGGGUACCAAAUUCGAUGCUGCAACAGUAGAUGAGGAAUUAGUAAGAGCAUACAGAGAAAAACAAAAGGCGAAAACAGAGAAGAUCCUUGAAGUGUACCUUGGAUUUUGCCGCCACAAAGGGGUCCAAGCCGAGAAGCUGUGUGUUGAGAUGGACUCGAUCGAGAAGGGAAUUUUGCAGAUGAUUUCUGAGAAGAGAGUCAGGAAGUUCAUAAUGGGAGCAGCUGCAGACAAACACUAUUCAACGUAUUGUGUCCUUAAGGCUUCCCCAGGCUUUUGUGUUAACCUGUUUCUUUUUACCCAUCUCGAAUUUGACAUUGGUGGUGAUCAAUCAAUAUGCAGGAAAAUGGAGGAUUUGAGGUCAAGGAAAGCCAUCUUCAUCUGCCAACAUGCAUCAGCGACUUGUCAUAUACGGUUUCUCUGCAGAGGACAUCUCAUCCACACAAGGGAAGCUAGAAUGGAUGAAGUCAGAGCUCUCUCAGCUCUAUUAUCUGACUUUCAGCGGCUUGUGUCCUCAAAAAGUAGCACCAAUUCAGAAAUGCAGAGUGGAAGAAGUUCAAAGGGGAAAAGCGAGUGGGAGGAAGGUGAGGAGGAGGAAGAGAAAACAUCACGAACCAGCUCUUCUCGCUCUGCUGGUACACUGUCAUACUUUGGAGGAUCUGAGGCCUCAUCAAGUGCAACAGAAGAGAAAUCAAUCCGCUCAUCUCCUCCAUCUUUACCUUCCUUUGUAUUUCACCUGGCUCGUGAGUUGCUUACGGUGCUGAUCCACCAGUGCAGCGGGAUGGGGCUGGGCAUGAUAACCUUCCUCAUCAACUCCACCAAAGUCUGGCAUAGGCUUGCCAUACAAAACCAUAAGCAGUGUGAGUGA